AUGCUCAACACUGUGAGCCCCACUGCACCUACCCGGGAAACGGCAACAACGGGGAUUGGUAGACGCCUCAGCCCCCGUUCCGUUAGGCGUCGCACUACUGCACAUCACCGACCACACCUCCGGCACGAAAUUCCUCGUCGACACAGGUUCAUCGAUCAGCAUUAUCCCUCCCUCACUACAAGACACGUCAAAGCAGCCGUCUUAGGAUCUGUUCGCUGCCAACGGUGCCCCCAUCGCCUCGUACGGUGUACGCACCCUCGCCUUAGACCUCGGUAUGCCCAAGACUAUGCUAUGGUACCUGCUGCUCCUGUCGUGGACCCUCCUCCUGACGUGGACCCUGCUGCCGUCGUGGAGCCUGCCGCCGUCGUGGACCCUGUUGCUGUCAUGGACCAUCCUCCUGACCCAGCCAGACCCCGCCCACAACAUUUCGGGGCACCCCCUUUUCACCCUCAGGUACCCACUGCUCCUGUCCUGCACCCUGCUGUUGUAGUGGACCCUGUUGCUGCCAUGUCCCCUGCCCAUGUCUGCCCAGCCAGUGACGUUGCCCCUGCUGUGACAGGAGCACAACAACCU